AUGGCGUCUAAGACCGCUCCUUCGUCUUCGCCAGCGGGUCAGUCGAUUUCUGAGAGAGAUAGUGGUCAAGUUCGCCUCGGUCCCGCCGACCUGCCUCGCGAGGUCUUUCUCAACAUCAUUGACGCGAUCCUUGACGAGGCCCUCGCCGACAACCGCUCAGUUCUCUGGCUCCUCGACUACCACCACACCGCCCCGACCAAGGUCGUUCUCCGCGUAAGAAGCCACCAGAUAGGCAGCGAGCCAGUCGAGAUGAGCGAAUGUGAACGCUUCCAGAGCAUCCGCCUGCCCCUACAGAUCGACCAAAAGACGCGCUCCAUGGUCCACCGCCACUUCCGCAGAAUCCCCGUCAAGGAAGACUCCGACUACAUCUCACCCCUCUCGACUGUCGACGCCUGGGUCCGCCCCGAAGUUGACCUCUUCACCCCCGACCACAGAGAUACGGAUGGCACCCGGUCCCUACGCGAGAUUCACUGCGCCAUGGCCAUCCAGCUUCCCACUCCCUUGGGCUACGACCUCCUGAGCUGUGUCCAGCACAUCUUCCUCCCGACCCUCCGCUUCUUCCAGGUCAACAACAAGGUUGCCGUCGCCGCGCUCUCGACGCUCCCGAACCUGAAGACGGUUUCCAUCAUCGCCGGCUACUCCGUGCCCAUGUACGAGGACCCCGAUCUGGAGGCGAUCCACCCGGGCUGGAUGAAGAUUGAGGGCCACCGGUACCCGGACAUGAAGAUCUGGGAGGAGAGGCACGGUCGUGCGUUCCGGAAGCUGUGGGGUCCGUUCAAGCGUCGUGAGAUUGAGCUGUUUGCGUUCAGGGAUGAUAUUAAGCCGGCUGUUAUGGAGAUGAAGACCACCAAGCAGGGCAUCCGCGUGAAGCAUCUGUUCCCUAAUUGCUCUUGCUGCCCUCAUGAUACUGAGGGAAAGAUCUAG